AUGGGACAAUGGGAAGAGAGCCUCACACGUGUGUCCUGGUGGCCUGACCUUCUGCCUGCUCCUGUCUGCCUCAGUUUUGUGAUGGUCAACAGCGUCGCGAUGGAAGGGGAUGGUUGUAGCAUCUGCUCUGAAGCGGAAGCCGAGCUCAAAGAGAUUUCUCGUAAACUGAAUUGCUCCCGAGAGGUGCAGGGAUCCAGCCAGUGUGAAGGUGAGCAGCGGUUCCCCUUUUCCGCCCCGGUGCUGCUGCAGCACUACCCGCUCUAUCGGGCCAGCGAUGCUAAUUGUUCUGGUGACGAUGCGGCACCUCCAGAGGAGAAGAGUGUCCCCUUUAAGGAGAAAUACGAUGUUCUUUCUCGGGAGGCCUCACAAAAGCUGCUGUGGUGGCUCCAGCCUCGCCUGGUUCUGAGUGGCCACACGCACAGCGCCUGUCAGGUGCUCCAUCCUGGAGGAGCCCCCGAGGUGAGCGUCCCAUCCUUCAGUUGGAGGAACAGAAACAACCCCAGCUUCAUCAUGGGAAGUCUGACAUCCAGAGAGUUUGCUCUCUCCAAGUGCUACCUUCCACUUGAGGACAGGGUGCUGGCCACGUACGGCGCCGCAGGUGGCUUCCUGGCCAUCCUCACCUUAAUGCACUUUGAACGCCUGCCUUCAUCUUUCCUGUUGGGUUGGAAACUGUGCAGAAGGCACACGAGAAGAUGAAGAGCCGGUGACUGUCGCAUAUGGUAAUAUAAAUCAAUGCCAAAGACUCAGGACUUCCGGUGGGGCUCCUGUGAGCCACGGAGGAGAGCAAAUGUUGGUUGUCCUUACGCACAUCAUGGGAAUUCUGAAUCAUCAAUGCCAGUGACUGCAGAAUAAACAGUUGACUGUACUGUUCUCAUGCUAUAAAAAGGGAGCGUGUACUCUACAACAAAUUUGUCUUUUUGUUUUAUCAAAUAUAUGUGUCAUCAAAGGUUGCAUCUGUACAGUAUAUAAAUGUUAUGGACACUGUCACUCGCAUGCACGACACAGAGCCCUUGCUUCCCCAGGGAAGGGCCCAGCAGCUUCGGUGCACACUUGAGGCUAUGUGUGUACCUAAAAGUUGGAUUUCUCUGUCCCUCUAUGAAGUGGGUCUCAGUUUCAUAUAGAUCAUGAAGCUGUAUGCUGGAAAGUACAGAUUCAAUGUGCAGGAACACAUUGUGUUUCUCUUGUGUUUCGUGCUAAUGGGAACCAGACUUUUAGUUUAAUUUUCUCUCUCGAAGACCAUGUUGUCACAUCUGAAUUCAAUGCUGUUGAUGAUUAAAACUUGAAGAAAAUGGA